AUGCAGACCAUCAAAUGUGUCGUUGUUGGUGAUGGCGCAGUUGGUAAAACAUGUCUGUUAAUAUCUUAUACAACAAACAAGUUCCCUUCAGAAUAUGUUCCUACUGUAUUUGAUAAUUAUGCAGUCACAGUAAUGAUAGGAGAAGAACCUUACACAUUGGGUCUUUUUGAUACAGCUGGACAAGAAGAUUAUGAUCGAUUACGCCCCCUAUCAUAUCCACAAACAGAUGUUUUUCUUAUCUGCUUCUCUGUUACUAGCCCAGCAAGCUUUGAAAACGUUAAGGAAAAAUGGCUCCCAGAAGUUCGCCAUCAUUGUCCUGGAACUCCUUGUCUCAUUGUUGGCACACAAAUCGAUUUACGAGAUGAUCCUGUAGUUUUAGAAAAAUUAAAGCGACAAAAUCAUUCUCCCAUUACAACAGAACAAGGGGAAAGAGUAUCACGAGAGCUGGGUGUAGCGAAAUAUGUAGAGUGCUCAGCAUUAACUCAAAAAGGCUUAAAAAAUGUUUUUGAUGAAGCCAUUGUUUGUGCACUUGAGCCCCCUGUAACAAAAAAGAAAACAAAAUGCCUUAUUUUAUAA